UUGGAACGCGUACCAUUGUUGUGGCGGAAAGGAGGUGAGCAAGCCAUGGCUUCCUCGCCUGCAGCAGCGCGCAUCAUCUUAGGCUCGCAAUCCCAGGACCGGCACGCCAUUCUACGCGACAUGGGAUAUACUGACUUCGAGGUUGUCACCGCCAACAUCGACGAGAGCGCUAUCCGCGCACCCGCGGCAGAAGACCUCGUGGUGAAGUUGGCGCAUGCGAAAGCGGAGGCUAUUCUAUCGAAGCUUGAAGGAACCGAAUUGCUGCGCAAAGCGGACGUGCCGGUGUUGUUGAUUACUGCGGACCAGGUAGUUGUGCACGAGGGUGUCAUCUUAGAAAAGCCUAAGAGCGCGGAGGAGGCGCGGAGAGUGAUCCCGGGCUACUCUAGGGCGCCGGCAGUCACUGUUGGAGCGGUGUUGGUGACGAAUUUGGACACCGGGGUGCGUGCGGGCGGGGUAGACAAGGCAGAGGUUCAUUUCAAUGAGAUUUCAGAUGAGGUGGUUGACGCGCUCAUUGAGGAAGGAGAAGUUUUUUACUCUGCGGGUGGUUUGUUGGUUGAGCAUCCCUUGAUGUCACCUUUUGUCAAGUCCAUGGUGGGAGGUUUAGACAGUGUGAUGGGAUUGUCAAAGGAGCUUACACAAUCGCUCAUCGAGCAAGCUUUGAGGAAGGAUACCUGAAUAUGAAUGUGUUCGCUAAUAAUUUUGCGCACCAAAAUGUUGAUUAUUAAUGUCAGCAUAGAGUGGAGAGGAAAACCUUAAUCCCUCAAUCUACGCUGCAAGAUAUUUUUGAGUUUAUGGAGGGUUAUCGCAGCUGGGUUUGUAUAGUCAGCAUUUAAGCAGUCAGCAGCAAUGAUCAUAUGAGAAUAGUAAUGACAUUGAUGAAGUAUGUUUCAACAGUGAGAUCAGGCACUCAACGUCUUAUUCAGAUUUUUGUGCACUAUCUAGAUAUCGUCUUGGUCCGGAGAAUGCACCAAGUUUCUGACAAAUGCGCAAGAACGGUUUCAGGGCCCGAUUUGGUGGUUAAUGCAACGAGAUCAUGAGAAGAGGUGAAGCUUGCAGCGAAAGAAAGCUGGUAUCUCGGUUUAAGAUGUAAAACUCCUAGGUUACAAUUCACUAAUGGACAGGAGAGACUGAGGAGAUUAAUCACAUUUAAUGAGGACUUUGCUUGGAAAUGCAUUGUUGAUUCGCUAGUACGUUUAAGGGCACCUGUCGAGGCCAACUUUAAUUGCGUUGCAGCGGAUCAGUUAUAAGCAGCUUGUAUCGAUACCAGUCCAACUGAUUCUGAAGGUUUUUAAAAUACUUCAAAAGAAGAAUGGAUCGUUAGAGAUA